AUGGCCACUAGUUUACCAGCUUUAACUGAUGAUGUAAGGAAAUCGAAUUUUUCUGAUAAUAGCACAGAGUGGAAGGAAACGUUGGGGAAUUUUCAAUUAAAUCUAGACCUUGCUGAGAAAGGACCGACGAUGUCACCUCAAAAUAUAUCGGAUGUGAUUGCGUCGUCGUAUUGUAAUGAGUCGAGUAAAUAUGGUAUGAAGGAGAAUGGGAACGUCUCUUUUGUGAUAUUUACAUCGUACAGGUGGGUGAUUUGGAAUUGGGAUUGUGAUUAG